AUGCUUCCGUCUUUGAACCCACGACAAACGCCUCGGAAGACGACGCGGUUGGGAGAUGACAGUGACGAUGCUCUCGAUAGUAUCCCCCUCGAGGAGCUGAGCAGCAACAAGCCUUCCUCGCCGUUCCUAAACCCACAUGUUUCUCGGUCUCUGUCUGCAAGCCCAUUCUCGGAGCAUGGCCGACUCUCGCCGUGCCAAACGAGAGCUUUGUCGCCUGCUCCGUACACCCAUCCUCUACAGACGCGGAGGGCGGCUAUCGCACAAUGCUUGCGACGGUUUUGGGCCGACAACCGAGCUGUGCUGCUGGUGGGCGUAUCCCAGUUCUUCGGUGCUCUCAUGAACCUGGCGGCGAAGCUGCUGGAAAUGGAGAGCGGGAUGCGUCCGAUGCAGAUCCUCUUUGCUCGCCAGAGUAUGACUACUGCUCUCUCUUGCCUGUACAUGUGGUGGAAUAUGAUUCCCGACUUCCCACUCGGCCCGAGAGGUGUCAGGGGAGUGCUCCUUAUCCGGGGCAUCUCGGGCUUCUUUGGUAUCUACGGCAUGUGGUUUUCAAUGCGGUACUUACCCCUUGCCGAAGCCACCGUCAUCACCUUCCUCGCCCCGAUGCUCUCAGGCUACAUGUGCGACCUCCUCCUUAAAGAUCCCUUCACUCGCCGAGAACAACUGGCCUCCUUCAUCGCCAUUGCGGGUGUCGUUCUCAUUGCCAGGCCAACCUCCCUGUUCGGCAGCGGGCACUCGGACGACGGAGGCGUACUCCCCGCGGACCAAACCAACUCAACAAUCAUCCCCGAAAUCCCCACCGUUUUCGCCAGAGUAGCCGGCGCAGGUACUAAUGAAACCGAACCGACGCCAGCCCAGCGCCUCCUCGCAAUCAUGGUCGCCCUAGUCGGCGUGCUGGGCGCCGCAGGCGCCUACACAGCCAUCCGCUGCAUCGGCAAGCGGGCGCACCCGCUCAUCACAGUAACCUACUUCUCGGCGUGCAGCACGGUGGUGAGCACCGUCGCCCUCCUCGUCCUCCCCCACGUCGGCUGGCCAGAUAUGAACUUUGCCGGCCUGCUGCUCUCGUCGGCCUACGAGUGGUUCUUGCUGUUGUCGCUCGGCACGUGCGGGUUUGUCAUGCAGUUCAUCAUGACGGCCGGGUUGGGCGGCUCCGACGGGCGGAACGCGAACCGCGCGACCGCCAUGACUUACACGCAUAUGCUGUUUGCGGCUGCCUUCGAUCGCUGGGUGUUUGACCACCGCAUGGGUGUCGUUAGCGUCGUCGGCUGUGGGUUGAUCGUCGGCAGUGCGUUGUGGGCUGCUCUGGGGAAGAAGACCCCCGCUGUGUCGCCUGGUGAGGGAGGGGGGGGGAGGGAGCGGAGCGGGGAUGUGGAGAGGAAUGCGGUGGGCGGAGGGGAGGAGGCCGUGCCUAUGCUGGGCGAUGGUGGUGUCGGGGACGAGGGGGAGGAAGAAGCAGAGGGCGAGCAGCGGCGUUCACCGAGAAACCAUCCAUAG